CUUCCUUUAUUCAUCUCUUCUCCUCCGAAGGCGAACAAAGUUUUUUGCUCUUUUCCUUAAGAGGAUAGGAUCAUCGAUGGAGAAUGAGCACGGUGUGAAUAUUGUUUCUCUCGAGAUGGAUCGCGAUGCGGAGGCGUCGGGUGAAUCCGGUCUUACGGUCGAGAGCUCGCGUGGUGACGCCGGCGCGAAGAAGAUGGAUGAGUGUGGUGGAUGGACGAAUGAGAGACACAACUCGUAUCUUGAAUAUUUAGAGAACUCAUUCGUUAAGCAGUUUUAUUCCUUACUUGGAGGAGAGGAGAGGAGGAGACUCUCCAGAGCUCGUGAUCUGCAGUCCAACUCUCACAAAUCGACUGAUCAGUUUACGGUACUAAAAAAUGGUUGCCGCCAGAAGGUUAACUUCGGAAAGAAACGACCUCGUUUAGAGACGUCGUCAUCGAGACAGACUCCUGAAAAUCCCAACGGAAUUGAUAUCCAUGUUAACGAAGAAAUCGAAAACUCUGGUGGUGAUAAGAGUUUUACUAGAACAUCAGUGACAACUUCUUUGAGACAUGAGUAUCCAGCUCAAAGCACUGCAGAGGCGUCAGGGCAGAAUUUCAGAGAAGAAGUUGGAGAGAAGGGAUGUAACUCAAGGGCGUCCAGGAAACGCAGAAGAGAAGCUAACUAUGAUGAUAGUUCAUUGAAUGAUCAGGUUGUGCCGUAAGGAUGGUGAAGCCGCGCAUAGGAAGUGAAGUGUAGAUGAAUUACUAUGAACAGAGAAAAAUAGGAACUGUGAGUGGUAAACCAAAAUGUGGAGGGCUUUUGUUUGUUGUAUAGAAUGAGGCCAAAUAGUGCUUUAUUAUGGAAUCGAAUGGGAUGAAUUUAGGGUUGUUUGUUAAAUUUUGUCCUUGUUAUAUUAUUAGCAUGAUCGUCAUCUUUCAAUCUUUAAUUCUUUUUGUUUGUUUUCCCUUUUAUAUAUACGUUCUUUUUGUCUUCAUUUUUAGAACAGUAUUUAUUGUGAAUCUUUAUAAAUUCUUUCAGUCGUA